UCAUAUAGCACCAUUAUUAUAUUUUUAAAUUAUACAUUUGUGAAAAAUAAUAAAUAAUACAAAAAAUAACAGAAAUGUUACAGAAUUGGCUUUCUCAACCAAAGCCGUUACGUAGAAUCUGUUAUGUAGCGUUAUUUGAGUUUUCUCCCGAGUGGGGAGUCCCCACUCCAGGUGCUGAAAGAUAGAGACAAAGAUUCGGAUGAAAGCAUCUGUCUCCGAAGUUUAACUCACUUCCCUUCUCACACGCGCAGUCUAUUUUUUAUACGUUUAUGAAUACAACAUCAACAGUUAUCGUGGUGGUGCCCUUUGUACAUGUAACUUUAACACCGUUAUAAUCACAAAGAACAGACUUAUUAAUACGCCAACGAGUUAUCGUUCAUUACGCAAUUAUCGUGUAAAAAAUGAUGUACAUACUUGCGGUUUUGGCACUAAUAAUUAGCAUCUAUUAUUACUUUACCAAGAACAUUAAUCACUUCAAGAAACAUGGUAUACCGUACAUUCAACCUCUUCCCGUGGUGGGAAAUAUGGGACCGCUGUUUUUCCAUCGUCAAGCAGUAAGUGACUUUGUGCAAUCGGUCUAUAACGCAUAUCCCGAUGCCAAGUACGUCGGCGUGUACGAUUUAACCAAAUCGGUUAUUCUGAUUCGAGAUCUCGAACUUGUCAAAUCCGUAAUGGUGAAAAAUUUCAACACUUUCAUGGAUCACAUUGAUUUCGUCGACGAAACGCUAGAUCCCCUUAUCGGUAAUCUACUCAUUGCUCUUCGCGGUGAGAAGUGGCGCGAAGUGCGAUCCGUACUGAGUCCGGCCUUUACGUCCAGCAAAAUGAAAAACAUGUUCAAGCUGAUGUCGGAGUGCGGCAUCGAUUUCUGCGAUUAUCUGCGGCAAAUAUCACCGGAAAAGAGAAUGACGGAUAUGAAAGAUAUUUUAUCGAGAUAUACCAAUGACGUAAUAGCUACGUGCGCAUUCGGUAUCAAAGUUGACUCAUUAAAAAAUCCGAACAACGACUUUUACGUAUAUGGCAAAGAAGCAAUCACUGUCAAUCUUGUUGUUGUUUUGAAGUCCUACUUACAAAGAAGUUUACCUAGGUUAGGACGAAUAAUAUCGUUGAAACUUAUUCGUAAUAAAGUAGUAAAUUUCUUCCGUUCUAUUGUGAAUAAAACGGUGAAAUCAAGAGAUGCAAACGGCAUCGUUAGGCCGAAUAUGUUGCAGUUGAUGAUGGAUACCAGAAAUAAGGAAAGCAAGACGGAACUGACUAUCGACGAUAUGGUGUCUCAGGCGUUUAUCUUUUUUUUUGGCGGCUUUGAAACCACUUCUUCAACCAUGUGCUUCGUCGCAUACGAGAUUGCAGUGAAUCAGGAUGUACAAGACAAACUUCAAAGCGAGAUUGAUCGGGUCUUGGAAGUGACAAACGGAGAAGCGUCUUACGAAGCGAUCAACUCUAUGGAGUAUUUGGACGCUGUGGUCAACGAAACACUUAGAAAGUAUCCCAUCGGUAGAAUAAUUGAUAGACUAUGUACAGAAGAUUUCGAGCUGCCUUCGACAUUGCCGGGAGUGAAGCCGUAUACUGUGAGAAAAGGUCAAGGCGUGUGGAUACCGGUUUAUGCGUUUCAUCAUGAUUAUAAAUAUUUCGAUGAACCAAGCAAGUUCAAUCCUGAACGUUUUCUUGGCGAACGAAAAAAAGAAAGUCUCAAUAGCGGAGCUUAUUUUCCUUUCGGACUGGGACCCAGAAUGUGCAUAGGUAACAGAUUCGCGUUGUUNGAGACAAAAGUUUUAUUCUUUCAUCUGCUAGCACGUUGCGACCUGAAACCUUGCGAGAAAACAUCGAUACCGCUAAAAAUGUCUAAACAAUCUUUUAAUAUGGAAGCCGAAGGAGGCAUCUGGCUGAAUGUGACUCCAAGAGAAACGCCUCAUCGCACUAUUUCUGAGAAAACUACUUUAUGAAAUUUAUUUCCGGAAUUUAUCAAGAAGUAUACUCAAACUUUAGGCGCGCGCAGUCUAGAUAUAAAGAUGUCUGGAAAUAUAAACCUCAGGGAUAUGAGUAAUUAUAUAUAACGCAAAUCACGUAUAAAAUAUGAUAUAUGAUAUUUUUGUAAUAGAUGAUUUAUUUUUUUAUAAACUAAAAUAAUUUCUAUAUUUAACUAAACUGUGACCAACAAGUGUUUUUUACUAUCCUCUUAUUAUCACAAUUUGACAUUUGUACAUAUAUGUAUAUACAGAGUGGCCUACUUUAAGACUUCUAUAGGCGUGCACGAUUAUCAGCUGUAAAGAAAAAUCGCUUCUUUGAAUCAGUAAAUAUUUACUGAUUUUCAGUACAAUGCACUGAUUCUACUUAAGAGAGUUAGCAAUGA